AUGGAUGAGAUUGUGGAGGAGCAGGAGUUGAUGCCCAUUUCUGAGAAGAACAUCGACAAUGGUGAAGAGGAGUUUCAGAAGAAGGUGGAGAUCGUUGUGAGGACCAUAGGCCCUGCUCCCCCUUCUCGUCUCCAUGUCCCUUCUCCCAUCAGAGUACAUGAUUUGAGAAAAUUGAUAGCUGAGAACGGCCAUUUACCAAUCGAGAAGUUGAGGAUUAUAUUGGGAGGCAAUGUAUUGCAUGAUAGCAAAAGUGGGCACGAUGAGUACCUACAACUCAGCGAUGGUGAUUCCCUUAUUGUUGCUGUCAAACCAAAGGCGCCAGUUAAGCAUAUUAAGGAUGGAUUUGAUGAUGACGAUGAUGAUGAAGAUCUGAAGUUUCAUCUUCCACAAUCAUCAAGCCAGUGGAAGAGGACAUUGUACAGCUUUCUUCAUGAUAAGUUGAAGCUUCCUGAUAUCCUUUUGAUGGCAAUUUUCUCUCUAAGUGUGAAGAUGUGGAUUAUUAUCAUUAUGUGGUUUAUUUUGGCACCCGUUGCCCAUAGAUGGGACAUUGGCCCUUUGUAUAUACUGGGCACAGGUUUUGGUAUCAUCCUUCUGAAUCUUGGAAAACGGCAGCCUGGCGAUGUCAGUGCAUAUUCUAUUUUCAAUGAAGACUUUAGAGAGCUUCCUGGGACUCUUAAUGCCGAACGUCUUGACGGGGACAUACGAACAGGUCAGAUGUGA